AUGAGCAAGGUUGUUGCUGUGGAUAUUGGAGGUACCAAGAUGGUUCUAUAUACGAAAGUCGGUGGAGUAGUAAGAAGAAAACGUGAGGCGACAGGGAACCAGAUUACCCCUCAACAACUGGUUAAAAUCAUCAAGGACUUCAUUAAUGAUCUUGAUUUCACUCCAGAUGUGCUAGGCGUUUGUGUUCCGGGACUGGUUGAAAAUGGAGUUCUGAUUGUCGCAUCCGAUCGUCCGAAUAUGGAGGGACUCUCGGAAGAAAUGCUCUCGACUCCACAAUACAAGGCGCAUCUGAUAAACGAUCUUCGAGCAGCCAUGUUUUCGCAGAUUCCGAAAUACCCCAAGGGUUCCUCUAUCUGUCUGAUCGUUAUCGGCACAGGAAUCGGCAUGUCUGUGGUCCUGAACGGACAUUUUCUCUCUGGAGCCAAGGGAUGGGUCGGAGAAUGGGGAUUAUGCCCAGUCCGCCUGGAAGAUGGAACCAUCUGUAACAACGACCGCAUCAUGACUGGAAAAGCGAUUAUCGAUCGUUCAGGAAUGAGUCCAGAGGAAGUAAUACAGAAACUGGAAGAGGGAGAUGAACGCAUUACCAAAAUCGUAAACGAAGCGGGCUUCUACUGCGGAAUGUGCCUAGCGUACUGCGUAAAUCUAUUCAACCCCGAGUAUAUUGUACUCACAGGAUCGACCACUCGCUACAAAAACUAUCGGUCGAUUGCCUUGUCUACAAUGAAGAAGUACGCGAUUCCAUCAAGCUUAAGCGUUUGCCAAGUGGUCGAUCCGGAAGAAGAAGGAGACGUGGUAAUUCUGGGUACAGCAGAAUACGCUCGCAUGAUCAUUGAAGGAGAAGAGAUGCCGUAA